AUGCCCUGGUGGGCGAUUCCCGGUGGCGCUGUCCUCGUCCUCUUCGGCCGCCGUGCAUUCUGGCCCAUUUUCAACGAGGUGCGCGAAUACGUCCGAUGGCGCGGCGACCGCGAGCGAUGGCGCGGCGACCGCGAGCGCUGGCGCGCCGACCGCGACCGUAUCGAGGGCCUCGAACAGGCGGCAAGGAAGACCUCCGAACAGCGCAAACAGUACUUGGCCCUCAUCCACGAGAUCGAGGAACGCGAGGCCGCCAUGGCUCGAGACCUCGCCACCCGCGAGGCCGCCAUGUCACGCACCGCUCGCGAAGCAGAAGACCAGUACGCGGCUGCUCAGGAGACCGUGCAGAAGAUCAACGCCUUGCGCAUGCAAAGCUCCUUCUCGUCCUUGCGCGGUCAGAUCGUCGACACGUCGCGAGCCUCGGGCUUCGACGUGAGCUUUGAACUGCAGGACGCCGACACGUCGACUCGCCCUCGGGUCACCCCCGCCAAGGCCCCAGUCGCCAAGGUCCCCGUCCGCGCCCUCCUGAUUCCUGAGGCCUCCAUCGCCCAGACCCGCACCGAGGCCACCACCGCCGAGGGCGCCACCGAGGCCAUCAUUGCCGAGUCUCCGUCUCCGGUCUCCGAGGGCGCCACCGAGGGCUCCACCGAGGCCGCUGCCGCCACGAUGGGCGCCACCGAGGGCUCCACCGAGGCCGCUGCCGCCACGAUGGGCGCCACCAAGGGCUCCACCGAGGCCGCCGCCGCCACGAUGGGCGCCACCGAGGGCUCCACCGAGGCCGCUGCCGCCACGAUGGGCGCCACCAAGGGCUCCACCGAGGCCGCUGCCGCCACGAUGGGCGGUGCCGAGCCGGCUGUUCAGUACGUUAGGUCGACCGAGACGGGCAAAAAGCACGUCGUCCUCGUCCAGAGGCGUCACGGCGCAGCCUCGAAGAUCGCCAUCGGCGCCACUGGCGAAGAGGCGUGCUUCAAGUACCAACUCGGCCAGUGCGAUAUUGAGCGCUGCGACGUCAAAGACGCCGCGCACCGCUGCGCCGGCUGUACCGGAGCUCACCCUCUGUCCGUUUGCCCUGAGGUCUAG